AUGCUUUCACGUUAUGAAUCAUGCGAUUCUAGCAUUGCGGUUACAACGUCAGGACAAGUUUUGCUGGUUGAGAGUGAUCCAUGGAAUAGGAGCUGGUUCCGACUCUACAAGAAGGAUCCUGAUAUAGAAGACCCAGAUUCGUCCUGCCAUGCGCUUGUUGAGGUAGAUUCUCUUGGUGGUGAGAGCCUGCUUCUUGACUUGGGUUUCACUGUGUCUGCUGCUGACGAUACCCUUGAACCAGACUCCAUCUAUUUCACCCGUCACUACUAA